AUGAUUUGUGGUAUUAUCGAUUUAAUAUGGAUACUUUUUAAAUGUAUAGGGAAAAACAAAUUUAAAUGGCUUGACCCAAAAUAUUAUUGGAAAAUAAUUAAUACUGAUAAUAUAUUUCUUGAGUUCUUUUCAACAUCUUUGCAUUACAUGCUUGAAAAAAAUGAAGACACCUCCCCUCAGAAUGUGCAUAAAAAAUAUGAAUAUAUCACAAACUUUUUUAAAUUAUUGCUUGUUCAGAAAAAACCAUAUGCAUGGAAAAUUUACGUUGAAUUAUUUAUAAUACUAGCAGGAAUUGCUAUAUAUUUCCUCAGUUCAUAUAUAAGUUGGAAGUUAUAUAAAUACACAUUAAAUUAUAACCAAACCGAUUUAUUAUUUCAUAACUAUCAAUAUGGAACUUUUCAUGAUGACAAUAAUAAAAAUACACCAACAGCACAAAAUGAUUUUAUCCCUUUUAUUGGACAGCCAUAUAAAAUAUCCGAUUUUAUUGAAAAGGGCUAA